AUGGAUUUUAUUGGAGAGUUUGUUCUUAUUUCGAAUGAAGAGGGCGUCAACCAUAGUGUUAACAUUGAGAAGGAAGGGUUGAUUCGAUGUGUUAGAUACCUGGAAACGGAGGAUGUCACUAUUUCAAAAAUAGUGACUGAUCGGCAUGUCCAAAUCAACAAGUGGCUCAGAGAAAAUCUACCGGAUACAGACCAUCGUUUUGACGUCUGGCAUUUGGCCAAGAGUUUAAAGAAGAAGGUUGGCAAGGCUUCAAAGGAGAAAAACUGUGGGAUUUUAGAGGAGUGGCGGAGGUCUAUAAUCAAUCACCUUUACAGGUGCGCUGCAACAACUCCAGAUGGGGACCCAAAUAUGAUGCUGGCCAAGUGGUUGUCGAUUCCAGGAAGCCAGAAGGGCACGAAGUGGCUUGAACAAGGAUCGGCAGCAUCAGUGAAAGCUGGCAACAUUAUUGACAAUGCCUACUUCAAACCGGCUGUGAAGAAAAUGUCUCCUGGCGAACAGACGUCAAGUAUUGAGGCAUAUCACAGUCUCAUCCUCCAUUUUGCCCCCAAAAUGACUGCAUUCAGCUUCAAAGGGAUGCUAUGCAGGCUUCUCCUGUCAGCGCUACAUUAUAAUGAAAAUGGUGACAGGGAGCAGGCAACGACUAAGAUGGUCAGUAACCUUCAUCAAAUCCAAGAAAGGUGGUUACUCAGUUAUGUCGACAAGUUGAUGGUAGAAGUUCAGCGCCGGUGCAGAGAGAACGACUUUGACUUUGAGGACAACAAUAUCUACAUACCACCAGCACUCUGUAGCUCAUAUGAUCACCCUAAUAAGGCUGAAGCUGUUGACAGCUAUAACGAAAGACACAAGCGAUACUCCAAAUCAUGUUACAUCCAGCCUUCACGAAAAUCCACUCGUUGA